AUGAAUAGAGAUAAGGAGUUACAUCCAACAAGUGUAACAUCAGAACCAGCCUCUCCAACAAACAGCACUGGGAAGGAAAAGAUGGAUAUUGCUUCAGAACUGAAUAGCCCAAGUUCUCACAGCCAUGACAUAGGGAAUGCCAUGACAUUUUCUUCCUUUGAAAGAGGAAUUAAAACAAUGUUAAGCAUCCGGAAAUCAAAAAACCUGAACAAAGAAAAAGAAAAGGAAUCUACUGGCACUUUGAGAGGCAUACGACUUUCUUUUAAAUUCUCCAAGAGCUAUGAGCAGGACAAACCCACAAUCUGUAAUGGUAUGGAGGAGAUUGGAGAGAAGAUAGAAUUAGAGCCCACUAAAGGAAAACCUCUUUCAGUAAUGGAAAUAAAUGAACUUAUUCAAAAACGGCAACUUUUGGAAGCAUUUGAAAGCAUCAAGUACUUGGAAGAUGAGGUGAUAGCUGAAAGGGAUGCUGACAAAUACAAAGACAACCCCCAAGAGUUUGCUAGGAAAUCCAAGGAUGUGGAUUUGCUUUAUAAUUCCAUUACAAGUACAAUACAGUCCAUCGUGGUAGGAACACUGGAGCAUCCCACUGUAGAGGAGACCAUGCUGGCAUCCUUGGUGACUUUAAUUGCCAAUGAAGAAGCAGCUCAUCCUGACGCAAGUUACACUGCUGGUCCUGGGUCAGACUUGCUUGGCAUACCCAGAAAGUGGAGGGAGGAGUGGAGGGAAGCUAUCAAUGAGAGCGCUAGAAGGAGAGUCGUGAGCGUACCCAUGGCAUCAAAGGAAGAAGACAGUUCUUGGCUUGAUCUCCACUUAGGUUUCCUCAGGAAACACCUGAGCAAAGAUUUACUGAAAGUCAAGUUUGCAGUAAAAAAGUGUUAUCCAGAGGAUUAUAGGGUGUGUGACAUUUAUGUGGAGGCUUUUCACAAGGCCAUUGCUUCCCACUUGCAAGAUCUCUCCCAAAGACCCUUGGAAUUCAAUGAGCUCUACGCCUUGCUCGACUGGGUUGCUAACACAUACCUGAGUGAACUCCUUAUGGGUCACCCAGAUCUCAAACCAGAAGUUAAAACAGAAAACCUCUCCCUGUUGUUAACACCAGCUGAUUGGGAUAAACUGAAAAAUGACUACAUUAUUUCUGUAAAGGGGAAAAUCAAAAGCUAUUUUGGAAACAUCCUGAAACUGGAAAUCACAGAAAAGUGGGAGCAGGAAGUUCAGCCGGAAGUGGAGGAAAACCUAUACAACUCAUCGCUGUCCUUUGAUAUUCAAACGAUCAUUGCAGAGCACAUGAAGGCAUCCAAAGCAAUCAGCAGAAGUCUGGAAAUGAAAACGCUUGAGCUCUGCCUGGCAGAACUGCAUGAAUUCAUAGCAAGAUUUGGGGAAGAAUUCAUGGAGUGGAACUCUUCCAGAGACAGUCCGAUUUUUGCAUCCUAUUUUGCUGCCUACAUCAACAGCUUCCAUGACCUGGUGUCAGGCUUACAAACAAUAUUUAAGGUGAACACUGAGGAACUGCAAAGUGUUUUGGCAGCUUUGACAAAGAACUUCAGAAACUUUUUUUUUAAUAAAUUAAGAACAAAAACACAGCCACUCUUUAAGAAAAUCCUCACUAAAGAUUGGAUUUUAGCUACUGAGAAGCCAGACUUGCUAGCGUCUGCUGUGUCGCAGUUCUCCGAACACCUCCAGCACAUGAAGGAGCCUGUUGGGCAGGAACUUCUAUGUGACAUUCAUAAGUAUGUGGUGAGGGAAUACAUCAUGCAGGUCAUCAAACCGAGAUGGAAAAUAAAAGGGGAAAUGAGGCAACAAGUGAGCAAAAGGAUGAACCAGGAAGCCAAAAUCCUUAAUAACAUGCUCAUAGAUCAGGGGUCUACUUCUGACUGGCUCCUUCCCGCCAUACAUCACAUCGCUAACAUAGUUGGGGAGAAGAAGAAAGACAAAAUCAAGGAGUACGUUAUGGAACUAUGUCAAGAUUAUCCAGAUAUCAGAAAGGAGCACAUCUUGGCAGUUCUUGGACUCCGAGGCCUGGGGCGAGCCAAGAGACUGGCGAUCAUUCGGCAAGGAUACCAUCUGCAGGAGAGCUCCGGUGGUGGGGCCAGCAACACGCUCUUUGACGAAAUCGAUGCUCCAAGUGUCAUCAGCUGUUUCUAA